AGCACUUCUAACACCAGGGCCUGGAGAUAUAUUAAGGGAUCGAUAUGGAGUUCCACUUUUGCUCGAACAAGAUCACACCCCCCAAAACCGAUUGGAUAUCGACGCUCCUCCUACGUCAACGACGAGGCCUCGACUACAAGAGGUGAUACAAACCAUGCAGUGGGAUACAAGUGGCUAUUUUUCUGCUGA